UGCAAGUCUAGCUUGGUCGAAUAAUACCAAACUGGUCUAGAAAAAUUUAUUGUUCUCUUUUUCUCUCUCAUUGUGCUCAUCUAAGACAUGUCUAUCCUGAGCAACAACAGUAGCAGCAAUGGUGCACCCUCAUUUCAUGAGUUCAAGAAACAAGCUUCUUUCUUCUUUAAGGAGAAGAUUAAGACUGCAAGAUUAGUCCUCACAGAUGUUACACCAGCACAGCUAUUGACUGAAGAAGCUACAAAUGGAAAUCCAUGGGCACCAGACACUAGGACCUUGGGUUCAAUUUCAAAGGCUGCUUUUGAGCUUGAUGAUUAUACAAGAAUUGUGGAGAUUUUGCACAAAAGAUUACUGAAGUUUGAAAGGAAGAACUGGAGGGUCUCUUACAAUUCUCUGAUUGUAGUAGAGCACUUGUUGACUCAUGGACCAGAGAGUGUUGCAGUUGAGUUUGAAGUUGACAAAAAUGUAAUUGAGCAGAUGGGAAGCUUCCAGUACAUGGAUGAAAAAGGAUUCAAUUGGGGCCUUGCUCUUAGGAAGAAGUCAGGGAGAAUAGUGAAGCUGCUAGAGAAAGGUCCUCUUCUCAAAGAAGAGAGAGACCGAGCUCGGAAGCUAACAAGAGGGAUUCAAGGGUUUGGAAGCUUCUGCCAAAGAUCAUCUGAUUCUCCAGCACAAGGCAUUUUAAGAGAAUCAUCCUUUGAAACAUAUGGAAGGUCUAAUUCUCAAUCUCACUUCAGCAACCAUGAAAAGCAAGAAAAUCAGUUUCCAUCCCCCACCGCGGAUGAUUUUACUAAGAAAGUUGAAGAAUCAAAGCAGAGCAAUGAAAAUGUUGUGAUCAUUGAGGCUGGCAAGGGAGCAGAGAAUUCAAGUUCUUGUGGUAGCUUUGGAGAUGGUGAGGUGGGUCAGAAACCUGAAACUCAAACAAGUUUUAAAGAAAACAUGAUUCCAAACAAGGAAGAGUUAGAUAGAUGGAACUGCAUGGGGGAGUCUAAUCCACUUUUGGGUGGUAAGAGAGAUGGGACCAGAGUUGAAAAUUCUGCUGAAGACGAACACCCUUUCAAUGAAAUUAACAAUCAAAGUGCUGCUUCAUUGAUUGCUGCAAGUAAUGCUCUAAUAUAAAAAGAAGAAAAGAAAACUGUCUGCAAAUUUCUUCCACUGAAUGUGGAAUCAGCUACUUGGUUGAAAUUUAAAUGUUCCUAUAUUAUAUAAUGUGUAGUUUGAAAAUUAGGCAA